AAACCAUGAGAAAAGUCUUUGUUAUGUUUUCAUACGCUAACAAGUUGACAAUUAACAUUAAAGAACCAAUUCUCUCUUUUUCGUUAGAAUAUUUAAUUGCGAUAAGAUAUGGUAAAUGGUUUAUGCCUCUUCCAGUAAGGUUUAUUCCAUCAUAAUUUCAGGUCAUCAAGACCAGGUAAACCAUCGUCGGCUUUGUUCUCCUCAAAAUCAAAAUCAUAUCUACCUUCCGUUGUUGCAAGGAACUCAUGAGGAGACCAACAAGUUUCUAGCUUUGAUUCUCUAGAACUGGUGUUUCCUUUGAAGAUCUGGAGUUUAGAAUCAAAGAUAUAUAUGGAUGAGGAAGAAGUAGAGGCUUGGGCUCGAGCAUCAGGAGGAUGUAGUCACACUCACAGUUGCAACCCUCCAGGACCAGAGAAUGCUUCUCACUCACACACAUGCUUCCAUACUCACACUCAUCUCAUCAUCCCUGAUUCGCAAGAGAAUGGUUAUUCUGAUGGCAGCAACAAGAGGCGGUCAUGUGGGAACAGAGAGGCAGUGAGGAAGUACCGGGAGAAGAAGAAGGCUCGCACAGCAUACCUUGAAGACGAAGUCAAGAGACUGAAAUCUAUGAAUGAGUUCUUGCUUAGAAAGCUUCAGAGUCAAGCAAUUGUGGAAGCUGAAAUCAUCAGACUCCGGACUCUUCUGGCAGAGAUGCAGGGAACAAUUGAUGAUGAACUCGGAGGUUUCUCCUUUCAGAAGCAAUGCAACGGUUCUGAUUUUGUGUUCAAAGAAGAUGGAUGCAACGUAACAACAAGGAAUAUGAUGUGUGAAGUGGCAAGAGUAGAAUGCGAGGAGGGCAAAACACUUCAUGAACCUGUUCACUCUUUUGUUCCCCAUUCACCACCAUUCUCACGUUAAGGCUUUCACAGGUUGUGGUAUUGUGUAUAUAUACAUACGGGUUCAGUUAGGGGGAUAGGUUGGGUUCCAACACAGUUAACAUAUACACAGAUUGCAGCUUAUGCCACAUGUCUAUUUUGGAGGGUACCAAAAACAUAUUUGAUUAGAUGUAAUUUGAGUUGGAAUGAGAAGGACGAGGAGGAUUGUAGUUGUAUAUGAUGAUGAUUGUGGGCUUGAAAGAUCUUUUGGGGUCCGUAUUUAGAUUCUCUAUGUGUGGGCAUGGUGAGAACCCAAACAUACAAGGAUAAGGUA